UCGGUUAAUAUUGCUGAAUAAGUAAACAUAAAAGUUUGAAUAAUGAAUUGCGUUCAUUUUUAGUCCGAAUGUUGAAUCUGUUAAUACAAUACACAAGUCAAGUUUUAUAGUAAGAGAAGGCAUAAUAAUCAUUUAGGAUAAAUAGUGGAAUAAUAGAAUAGUGUAACAGAAGUUAAUAAUUAAUUUCGACGAGUAACCUCGAAAGAAUUCAAAGAAGAAGUAUUACAAAUCGCAAGAACGAUGGAAGUAUCAAAUUUGUCACCCACACUUAAACAUAGAAGGAAAUUCGAACGCAUUGAGACGACUAAUACGAACGAUCACGACACAUCAUCCGUUAAUCAUAACUCCGAUCUAUAUACAAUAAGUAAACUAUGUGCUUGUAUUAAUCAGAAAGCUCAGACGUUACCAGACUGUUGUAAAGAGUCCACAGACAAGUGUUUCUUGCAAGAGGAGAAGGAUUUUAUCGAUCCGAUCGACGUCUCCAGUAUUCAGAAGAGCUAUAUUAUUGAGAUGAAUAAAACUAUAUUGAAACUUCUGCAUUAUCACAUAGCAGUCCUAAUUCUAAUUGCCUCGUUUGGAACAUUUUUCCUUUGUUUAUACAUGGAUCACGCAGAAUUAGGAUACAUGUAUAUAUCCGAAGCAGCUUAUUAUUUUCCUGAAACCAGUUUUUUCGCGCAAUUUGUAAACUUGGUCGGGUUAUUUGUCGGUAUGGGCAUAUUACUGAGACACCUUGUAUUACUUCAAUUUAUACAAGAUAGAGGCGAAAAUAUGAUAACAAAAAAAUUCAGCAAUAUAUCUACUUUAUUCGGUAUAGUCAUCGUUAUAGGUAUCAAUUUAAUUGGAAAUUUUCCAAUUGUCCAACCCUGCUAUGCUUUCCAUUACACCGGUGUAUUAUUACUUUUUCUUGGUGUCACUGUAUAUACGAUUACUCAGACUCAAAUCACUAAAGAAAUGAUUGGUAUUCUCUCCAAUCGCUAUAUUUAUUACGUACGAAUUAUCUUUACAACGAUAUUGUUUAUAUUACUUCUAUUAAUUAUAAUACCUGGUAUAAUUGCGACAUCAGAAUUUAACGGUACGAAUUAUAGAAAAUGGACCAAAAACGAUAAUGGUUGGUUCUUACAUAAUGUAAGUGUUGUUGCAGAAUGGUUGUACAUGUUUUUAAGUGGCGUAUACCCAAUUACUUUCGUAUACGAAUACAAUACGAUAUAUUUCGAGAUGCCCAUAAUUAAGAUAACUUAUUUGGACAAGAAGGAAAAGAAAGAAUUGAGAUCGGAAAUCUGAAUGUACAAAAAACGAUUACUCAGUGAUAAUCGAUCUAAUCUCGAUAAUAAUAAAUUGAUAACUAAAUGAUAUAUAAUUAUUUAACGAUGGACCUUGCAACAACAAUGCAAAAGAUAUCGCUGCUAAUGAUUAUAUCAUCGAAUGAGUUAAGUUAGGCGACCUUGAGAAAUAAAAAUGU